CCACGUACCACCAGUAUACGCGCACACACACGGCGACGGGCGACCAGUCCAACUCGAAGGCUCCAUUAUUUGCGAGAGCAUUGAGCAGCCCAAGAAAGCAAAGGAUAGGGUAGGGCAGGGUGGCAGUUGCGGAGAGUGAGAGAGCGGCGGCCAUGGAGGGCGGCGUGCAGGAGCUCGACGGCUCCGCCUUCAGGGAGUGCUUCUCCCUCUCGUGGCGGAACCCCUACGUCCUCCGCCUCGCCUUCUCCGCCGGCAUCGGAGGCCUCCUCUUCGGCUACGACACCGGUGUUAUUUCGGGUGCUCUGCUUUACAUCCGUGACGACUUCCGAUCAGUCGACAGGAAUACAUGGCUUCAGGAACUGAUCGUGAGCAUGGCGGUGGCGGGCGCGAUCAUCGGCGCGGCGAUCGGCGGCUGGGCGACGGACCGGUUCGGGCGGCGGACGUCAAUCCUGGUGGCGGACUCCCUCUUCUUCGCCGGCGCGGUGGUGAUGGCGUCCGCCACGGGCCCCGCGCAGCUCGUCGUGGGCCGCGUCCUCGUCGGCCUCGGCGUCGGCAUGGCGUCCAUGACCUCCCCGCUCUACAUCUCCGAGGCGUCCCCCGCCAGGAUCCGCGGCGCGCUCGUCAGCACCAACGGCCUCCUCAUCACCGGCGGCCAGUUCCUCGCCUACCUCAUCAACCUCGCCUUCACCAAGGCGCCGGGGACCUGGCGGUGGAUGCUCGGCGUCGCCGCCGUCCCCGCCGUCGUUCAGUUCGGCCUCAUGCUCUUCCUCCCCGAAUCCCCCCGGUGGCUCUACAGAAAGGGGAGGGCGGAGGAAGCCGAGGCGAUCCUGCGGCGGAUCUACUCGGCGGAGGAGGCGGAGCGGGAGAUCGAGGAGCUGAAGGAAUCGGUGGCGGCGGAGGCGCGGGAGCGCGGGUCGUCGGAGAAGGCCAGCCUGGCGGCGCUGCUGCGGACGCCGGCGGUGCGGCGCGGGCUCGUCGCCGGCGUGGGGCUGCAGGUGUUCCAGCAGCUUGUGGGGAUCAACACGGUGAUGUACUACAGCCCGACGAUCGUGCAGCUCGCCGGGUUCGCGUCCAACCAGACGGCGCUGGCGCUGUCGCUCGUCACCUCGGGGCUCAACGCGCUCGGCUCCGUCGUCAGCAUCUACUUCAUCGACCGUACGGGCCGGAGGAAGCUGCUCGUCAUCAGCCUCGUCGGCGUCAUCCUCUCGCUCGGCGUCCUCACCGCCGUGUUCCACGAGACGGCCUCCCACUCGCCGCCCGUCGGCGCCGCCGAGACCCGCCACUUCGACGCCUCGCUCACCUGCCCGGACUACACCCUGUCAGCGCCGACGACGUCCGGCGGUGGAAGCUUCUGGGACUGCACCCGGUGCCUGAAGGCCAAAUCGACGGAGUGCGGCUUCUGCGCGUCGGGCGCCGGCGGGCUCCUCCCCGGCGCGUGCCUGGUGUCGAACAGCACGGCGCGCGACACUUGCGGCGGCGAGGGCCGGCGGUGGUACACGCGCGGGUGCCCGAGCCGGUUCGGGUGGCUGGCGCUGGUCGGGCUUGCACUGUACAUCAUCUUCUUCUCCCCCGGGAUGGGCACCGUGCCGUGGAUCGUCAACUCGGAGAUCUACCCGCUGCGGCACCGGGGCGUGUGCGGCGGCGCGGCGGCGACGGCGAACUGGGUGUCCAACCUCGCCGUGGCGCAGUCGUUCCUGUCGCUGACCGAGGCCAUCGGGACGUCGUGGACGUUCCUCAUCUUCGGGGGCCUGUCGGUCGCCGCGCUGGCGUUCGUGCUCGUCUGCGUGCCGGAGACCAAGGGGCUCCCCAUCGAGGAGGUGGAGAAGAUGCUCGAGCGCCGGGAGCUCAGGCUCAGGUUCUGGGCGCCGCGCGACCGCGACGGCGAUGCCCACGGCAAGGACAGUGGCAAAAGUGCCGGCGUCUGAGGCUGUUCAGAGCGAUAGGCAGAUUAAUGGAAGUAGGUAGUAUCAUGUGGCGCGUGAAACUCUGCGAGCUUCUGAGUUAAAAAUGUUCUUAGUGGUGGUUUGAGGUUGAUCAAAUUCUGGCUAUUUCAAAUUUCUCGUUCUACGUAAUCUAGUUGUGUCACCUAUUGUGAAGAAUUCUCCACGAUAUUUUAACUGAGUUUCGCAGAAUGGCCGUAUGGAAAUUUUUUCCCCUUUGGCCACGAUUUUAUUUGAA